AUGAGCGCUCCAAGCAACAAAAUGUCGGCAACAGAUCAGAUGCGGGCUAUGCUGGACCAGUUAAUGGGUACCACCCGUAACGGGGACGAGCGACAGCUGAAGUUUUCGGAUACACGCGUCUGCAAGUCGUUCCUGCUGGACUGCUGCCCCCACGACAUACUGGCAUCCACACGCAUGGAUCUCGGUGAGUGUCCCAAAGUGCAUGAUCUGGCUUUUCGUGCAGAUUACGAGAGUGCGGCCAAGUCGCGAGACUUCUACUACGACAUCGAGGCCAUGGAGCACCUGCAGGCCUUCAUUGCGGACUGCGACCGACGCACAGACUCGGCCAAGCAGCGGCUGAAGGAGACACAGGAGGAGCUGACCGCCGAGGUGGCCGAGAAGGCCAAUGCCGUCCACGCCCUCGCCGAGGAGAUCGGCAAGAAGCUGGCCAAAGCCGAGGCCCUGGGCGAGGCCGGUGAAGUGGAGGACAGCAUGGAGCUGAUGAAGGAGAUCGACGAGCUGCGCAGCAAGAAGAUCAAGGCCGAGCACGAGUACCGCACCUCGAUGCCCGCCUCUACGUACCAGCAGCAGAAGCUGCGCGUCUGCGAGGUCUGUUCCGCAUACCUGGGGAUCCACGACAACGACAUCCGUUUGGCGGACCACUUUGGUGGUAAGUUGCAUCUCGGCUUCCUCACCAUUCGAGAGAAGCUGAUCGAACUGGAGAAGACCGCUGCCCCGCGCAAGGUCGAGCUGAAGCGCACGGGUAAGAUACCAGAUCGUGACGAGGAGGGCCGAGGCGGCAGAAAUCGCUACUUUGUAGGUGGCCGUGAGCUGGACCGCCGAUCCCGGGUGCAUCGCUCGCGUUCCAGGGAGCGCCAGCGUCAACGGGAAUCGGAGCGCGGCGACCGGGACCGGGAGCGAGGCAACAGCAGCAGCAAUGGGAAGGCCGAAGGCAGCACUGAGCGUUCGUCCAAGGAGGCGCCAGAGGGACCGGACCGUGGCAGCGGCGGCGGUGGGCAGCGCGGUGGACGCGACAAUGAUCGCAUCAAUCGCAACAAUGACGGCCGGGAUCAUCGCGACCGAGAGCGCGAUGGACGACGAGACAGGGAUCGUCAUAUGCGUAACGACAGAGGACGCUUUGGUGGCGGCGGUGGAGGAGGCAGUGGUGGCGGCGAUCGCCGGGAUGACAGACGUCGCUCUCGUUCCAGAGACCGAUCGCCGCGUGGCGAGAGGCGAAACUACAAUCAUUUCGCUGGUAAUCACAACAACAAUCAUAGCAGCAACAACAAUCACCACAACAACAACAACAACAGACGGCGCUCCUACUCCCGCGAGCGCUACCGCCGUUAGGAGAGGCCCCCUGCGCACGUACGUAGAAAUAAUCCGAAUCAGAAACAGAAAAACAGGCACUACAAUCUGAAACUAAGAGAAAACUAAUGAAGCACUCAGAAAUUAAAAAGAAGAAACCCUGGAACAAUAAAUUAAUAUAGCCGCUCCUUCAGACAGACACUCCGAUGUAGAGAUGAACAUUUGUAAAUUGUUAAUAAUCUCUUAUUUUUUAUCUUACUCUCCCAACCUCUUAAGACCGAAUAAAGCCUAAGCUCUGUUAACCAAACCGAAAAA